AUGGGUGCCAGCUGGAGCAUAAUCAUUGAGUGGAUUGUUGCAAGUGUCGGGGUUGAUCCCCUCCUAGAGCCAGUAUGCACCUCUCACUCUGUAAAGCCAGAUACAUUCCUUAGACCAUGGUUUUGCCACCUCCACUUUGUGCAGUUUUCUGCACUCGAUGAACCUACUACAACAGGGGCUGAAGGAUCUCUUCCUGGUGAAAAGGAGUAUCUAAGAUAUAGAUGCUUAUUAGCAAAUCAAUAUAUGGUUAUUGCUGGCUUGGUCCUUGAUCAGGCUGGCUUCUUUCGCUGUAUGUAUCGCUUCAGUCUCCCGUCUUUGGUCCCUUCUGGCAGUGUCUGUGCUGGUUUGUAUACCUUUGAUCGAUUGAAUCAUUACUCCCUGAAUAUGGAACCAAAAACGUCUUUCUUGGCUGUUUCUCUUUUCUCUACCUUCAAAACAACUUCUUCUAUUAACGUCUUGUUGGUGACAGCACACUUGGAAUCAUGGCGAUUACAAAAGCUGCUUAUGGUAACUGUGUCUCUUAGAUCAGGCUAA